AUGAUUAAUGAGUGUAUGAUUAUAUCAUCAGCCAUGAGAAAAAUGACAAGAUGGUCUCAAAGUGGUGUAGCAGCCAUCUUAGGAGGAGGAGAUUUAUUUUCAAAUGAUGAUGAUUCUUUGGCUCAUAAUUUAGGAUUAGGCAGUAGUGGUAGUAAUAAUAAUCCUGGUAAUCAUAGACAAAUCACUCAUAAUCCUUUAUUAUCGAGUUUUUUACAAUUAAGAUCAAUCUUAAUGGAUGCUAAUGAUUUAUAUGAAAUUGAUAGUUUAACUUUAUUACAACCAUUUUUAUUAGUUAUUAAAUCUUCUUCAACUACAGGCAAUAUUACUAGUCUUGCCUUAACUUCAAUAACUAAAUUUUUAAAUUAUGGUAUUAUAUCUCAUAGAUCAAAGAAUUUAAAAAUCACUAUAAUUCAAAUUAUAUCUUCAUUAACUCAUUGUCGAUUUGAAGCAGCUGAUCAAAAUUCGGAUGAUGCAGUAUUAUUAAAAGUUUUACGAUUAUUAGAAUCAUUAAUUGAAAGUCCUUUAUCGAAUUUAUUACCUAAUGAAGUUAUAUCUGAAGUAGUACAAACUUGUUUAUCAUUGGCUUGUAAUAAAAAGAGAAGUGAAGUGUUACGUAAAGCUGCAGAAAUGGCUAUGGUAUCAAUUACCGUUAGAAUAUUUAAACAAUUGAAGGAGAUUGAACCAGAAAAUGAUAAAUUAGAAGAUUUACAAACUAAAUUUCAGGAGACUCAAUUGCCUGAAGAUCUUAUUGGAGGAACGGAUUUAAAACCUUCUAAUGUUGUGAAAGUGGAUAAAUCUGAUUCAGACACUAAUGAUACUGAAGAACCAUUUGGAAUCUUAUGUAUUAAUGAAUUCCUUGGAAUCUUAAUCUCCAUGAUCUCUCCAUCCAAUCAAUAUCAACAUAUGGAAAGUACUCGAGUAUUUGCAUUAUCAUUAAUUAAUACUGCCAUUGAAGUUUCAGGUUUAGAAGUAUUGAAUCAUCCAUCUUUAUUAGCAUUAGUAUCCGAUCCAAUUUCAAGACAUAUCUUACAAAUUAUAACUACUACUGAUUCUCCAGCUUUAUUACUGGCUGCUUUACAAUUAUUUUCGACUGUAGCCAUUGUAUUGGGUCGACAAUUAAGACCACAAUUUGAAUUAACAUUAAGUUUAAUAUUUAAAUCCAUAUUACCUGAUGGAGAUAAACCUAAUCAAAAUCAAAAGGAUGUUAAUACUGCUAAUGUAUCUCGAAGAAAUGCGGCUUCCAAGGAAAUGUUAAUAGAAUCUUUAUCAUUAUUAUGGACAAGAUCUCCAGUGUUUUUCACUCAUUUAUUUAUUGAUUAUGAUUGUAAUUUUGAUAAUUCUGAUUUAUCUACAAAAGUUUUACAAUCUUUAUGUAUAUUUUCAUUACCUGAAUCAGCCAUAAAUACAACUGAUAAUGUUCCACCAAUAUGUCUUGAAGGGAUUUUAUCAUUUAUUAGUGGAAUUAAUGAUCGAAUUAAAAGUAUUGGAAUUGGAAAUGGAAUUGCAAAUGGUAAUGGUAAUGAUAUAAAUGAAUUACCAUUACCGGAAUUAAUUAAAGAUCGAACUAAGAAAACAACUUUUAUAAAAUGUACAGAACUUUUAAAUGAAAAACCUAAAAAGGGACUUAAAGCAUUACAAGAUGGAGGAUUUAUAAAAUCUAGUGAAGAUGCCGAAGAAAUUGCUAAAUUUUUCUUUACAAAAGCUGGUAGAUUAAAUAAAAAAGUGUUGGGAGAAUUCUUAGCUAAACCUGAUAAUAUUGAAUUACUUAAACAUUUUAUGAAUUUAUUUGAUUUUGAUGGUUUAAGAGUUGAUGAAGCUUUAAGAUUAUUAUUAAAAUCUUUUAGAUUACCAGGAGAAGCUCAACAAAUUGAAAGAGUGGUUGAAACAUUUGCUGAGAAAUAUGCUAAUUCCAAUAAUGGAACUUCAAUAGAUGGAGAAGAAGAAAUCGUUAAACCUGAUCGAGAUUCAGUAUUUAUAUUAUCAUAUUCAAUAAUUUUAUUAAAUACUGAUUUACAUAAUCCUCAAGUUAAAAAGCAAAUGAUUUUAGAUGAUUAUAAACGAAAUUUACGAGGAGUUUAUAAUGGUAAAGAUUUCCCCGAAUGGUAUUUACUGAAGAUCUAUAAUUCUAUAAAGGAUCGAGAAAUUAUUAUGCCUGAAGAACAUCAUGGAACUGAUAAAUGGUUUGAUGAUGUUUGGCAUAAUUUAGUUUCAUCUCAAGUGAAUUCAACUCAUAAUCCUGCUAAUUUAUCAUGGAUUGAAAUAUGUCAAUUUGAUAAAGUAUUAUUUGAAUCCAUUGUUGAUACAUUAAUUGAUACUUUAAUUCAAGUCUUUAAAGAAGCCAGUGAUGAUCAUGUUAUAACUCGAUUAAUGUCAUCAAUUGAUAAAUGUGCUAAUAUUUGUUUAUAUUAUAAUUUAACUAAUCCAAUAGAUAAAUUAAUUGAUCUUUUAGCUGAUUUAACGGGAUUAACUACAAAGAAAUAUCGAAUUCUUAAUCAAGAUGAUAAUUUACGUGAUGAAAUCCCCAUAACUCAAAUUAAAAUUGAAAAGAAAGAAGAAGCUAUAACGGUUAGUGAAAUGGCCGUAUGGUUUGGUAGAGAUUUUAAAGCUCAAUUAUCAACCGUAGUAUUAUUUCGAUUAAUUAAAAAAAUUGAUGGUAAAGUUUCCAAUGCCUGGAAUAAAAUAAUUCGAAUUAUUCUAACCUUAUUUGAAAAUUGUUUAAUUAAUCCUAAUUUAUUUAAUGAUUUUCAACUGAAAAUUCAUUUGGCUCCAUUAGCCAAAGUUAAACCUCGAUAUAUUAUCAAGCGAGUUAAACCAUUAAAUAAUUCGGGGAUUUUAUCGACAUUUUCUUCCUUUUUAAAGGGAUAUUCUGAUGAACCUCCUGAACCUUCUGAUCAAGAAAUUGAAUCGACAUUAUCUACUAUUGAUUGUGUUAAAUCUAUUAAGAUUGCUAAUGUAUUUGAAAUGGUAUCUCGAGGUUCUUCUACCGAUUUAAUUAAAUUUAUUGAAAUCUUAUUAGAUUCACUUCCAGAAUAUAAGGAAGAAACUAAACGAUAUUAUGAAAGUGAAACACUUUUCUUAUUAGAAAUAUCGGUUUGUUUUUGUUUAUUAUUAAAAGAUCAAACCAUAAUUAGUCAAGUUAUUAAACGAUUAAAUCCUCUAGAAAUUUCUAAAAAGAAUCAAUUAAGAUUAAUUACUUAUAAAUUAUUAUUAACUCGACUUAGUGAUGAAAGUUGUAAUAUUAAUGAUACUAUUAAAGAAUUAAUGGAAUUUGAUAAAGAAGUAUUAAAUAAACAAGGAGGACAAGUAUUACAACCAUUAUUUUCUUUAGUUGAUGAUGAUUCAUGGUGUUGUAAACAAUUAUUAAAUGAUGAAUCAUAUUGGAAACUUCUUAGAUUCUUUGGAUCAUUUCAAGUAUAUGCUCCUGAAUUACUUGAAUUUCAAGAAGGAAUUAUAAAAAGUUCCAAUCAUGAAUUAAAUCCUAAUAAUUAUAUGUUAUUUCUUGGAUUAUUAGAUGAAAUAUCUUCAUUAGGAGCCAUUGGAUCUCAAUAUGAACAAGAAAAUGCUUCAUUAGGUUCAGAAGCUGAUAGUUUAUAUUUUAAAGAUAUUGUAGAAGUAUCUAAACGAUCAAUUACUUUAACUACAGAAUUAUCAGAUAUACUUAAUCAUAAUGAAUUUAAAGGUAAAGAUCUUUCUUAUUCAUUAAUUCAAGCUUUAGCUCAUCAAUGUUUUAAUCCAUGUCGAGAAGUUCGAAGUUUUGCUCUUAAUUCUUUACAAACUACCGUUUUAUCAUUUGAAUUAUCAAAUGAACUGUCAGCAUUUGGAAUCUUUGAAUAUGGACUUUUCCCAUUAUUAUCAGAAUUAUCUAAAGUAGAAGUUUUACAAACUGAUAUUCAUGGAUUCUCCAAAACUCAAGUUGAAACUUUAACAUUAAUUAGUAAAGUAUUUUUAAAUUAUUGUGAUCAAUUUAAUGAUGAAGAAACUGAAAGAGUUUGGUUAGGUAUCUUAGAUCAUUUUAUAACUUUUGAUAAUCUUGGAGGUAAACAUAAAGUUGAACAAUCAUUUAAAGAAUCCGGAUCUGAAUUACUUAAGAAUAUGAUUCUUGUAUUACAAACGAAUGGAGUGCUUGUAGAAGAUAGUAGUAUUUGGAAUGCAUCAUGGGAUAAGAUUGAUACGUUAUAUCCGCAAUUGAGGGCAGAACUUGAACCUCGAGGCCAUACUGAGCCAGUUGAGCCAGUUGAGCCAGAGCCAGUUGUUGAAGUUGGUGAAGGUGUAGUUGGUGAACCAGUAGCUGAAGUUUCAGAAUCGUCUGCUUGA